GUAACAUUGCAUCCGGACAACACACCACCACGUCGAUUGUACGUUUGUAUGAGGAUGCAAGGAAUAACACCACUUGGUGGCAUAACAAUGUGGUUCGACGUUCUUAUAUGGUAUGAAAAUCUGUCAAGUUCCUCAUUCCCCUGUGUUCACAUUUAGAUCGAGCGAAACUUUGCGGUGCAAAAGUUGCAGCAGUCAACAGAUUAAAACAACGCUUGUCAUUCCCGCACAGCACUUGAGGGCUCGAACAUCUUGUCUUCGCCGAACAAGAUAGACAGCCGACGAUGGAUCACAUCGAUCUUGGGAAAUUAGCGUCCCGAUCCCUUCUGGCCCUCGGCACGUCCAUAUUCUUUGGGAUUCUGAUCUCGUCCGUGGCUUCUUGGUACCGAUUGCGCCACAUUCCGGGGCCGUGGCUUGCGUCGUUGUCAAACAUAUGGAUAAUUCGAGCCGCAACCAGUACAAGAUUGAGCGAAGCAUUUGAAGAAGCUGGGAGGAGAUAUGGGCCUCUCGUUAGGAUCGGACCAAACCAGAUCCUUACGUCUGAUGCCGACUUCUUGCGAAAGACUGGGGCCGUAAGAGGAGCUUACACAAGAAGUCAGUGGUAUGUUGCAUUCAAAUGGCAACCGUACGUGGACAGCGUCUUCAACUUCGCAGACUGUGCUAGCCAUGAUAAACGGAAGGCGCAAAUCUCCACCGCCUACAACAUCACCGGGCGCGAGGUCGAUCUGAUCGAACCAAACAUCGACGAGCAGAUCUUGGUAAUGCUCAACACAUUGCGAACAAGGUAUAUUCCGAAGCGCGACCAACCCAGCCCGCCGCUACUUGACUUCUCCGACUUUUCAUCUUUCCUGACAAUGGAUAUUAUCACUCGGGCCGCCUUUGGAGAGGAAUUCGGACACCUGAGGACCGACUCCGACGUCACCGGAUUCCUGACCCAACUCAAAGAACACUGGGCCAUGAUCUCCCUCGUGAACGAAACACCAUUCCUUCGCAGCCUUUUCUACUCGAAAAUGUGGCUCAGGUUCUUUGGGCCCAACAUCACAGACAAGGGUGGGAUGGGAAAGCUCAUGUCAGGUGUGGUGAGGAUCGUCCACCAGCGGUACGCCAAGCCAGAGACUCAGCUACGGAACGACAUGCUUGGGUCAUGGAUACACCAUGGACUUACUCCUCAAGAGAGCGAGGCUGAAGGAAUGCAGGCUCUGAUCGCCGGCUCUGAGACCACUGCAUCGGUGAUGCGGAUCACAAUCCUCUGUUUGAUAUCAAGUCCUCCAGUAUACUUCAAAUUGAAGGAAGCCGUCAGAGAAGCAAUCAAGAGUGGCAACGUCGCCGAGCCGAUUUCUUACGACACGGCAAGGGAGAUACCAUACCUAAGAGCCGUGGUGUAUGAGGGCAUGCGCAUGCGGCCAGGCGCAACCGGGACCUUCGCAAAGGUGGUGCCACCCCAGGGAGAGGUGGUACAAGGAAAGUUUAUACCUGGCGGCACCCUCGUCGCCAUGAACGUUCCUGCCAUGCUCCGGUCCGUGGAGCUCUUUGGCUCUGAUGCGCAUCUAUUCCGGCCCGAGCGAUGGCUCGAGGCAUCGGAAGAGAAGCAGACCGAGAUGGAGCGCCAGGUCGAAAUGAUGUUUGGUUCCGGCAGAUGGAUGUGUGCUGGUAAACCCAUCGCGUACAUGGAGCUGUUCAAGACUUUCUUCGAGUUGUUCCGACACUUCGAUUUCAUGAUCGCAUACCCAGAGAAACCUUGGAAUUCGAAAUGUUACAAUGUCUUUGUCGAGGACAACAUGUGGAUUAAAGUUUCCGAGACAGCAUAGGCAAGGAUUAUCGCUGGAUAGAGUCGGCCGCCUUCUCACUCCUUAGAUUGUCUUUGAUUCUGUUGCACUGGAUGAUAAGGCAGAGCGGACCUAUCUGAUGAUCUCUACAAAGUAAUUUGCAGCAAGGCUCAAGGUUCCUUUACUUCUCAUAUAUACUCAAGCAUGUAAGGAGGGUAUAUUUUCUCUGUACAUUAUUGCCACAUCGCUUUAAGCUGUCCUCUGUGUGUUCGACACAGAAUGUAUCCCCUGUCGACUGAGUGCAACCUCCUACGACGAUCAGCAAGGAACAGUGAUAAUCUGACCAGGAACGAUGAAAUUCUUGUCGGCGAUGUUACUGGCAGCGGCGAGGCUGUCGGCAUUAGAUCCAAAGUCUGCGGCGACUGUAGCAUUCACGUCAGUCAUGAAUACUUCAGGGACGAGGGAGCAUCAUCAAUAGAUCUCUGUAUCACUCACUGGCAUUCAGACUGUCACCUUCGACAACCCUGUACCACCCAGAACCAGGAUUGUUGGGGUCCGGUGCGCAUCCCCUCUUGGCGAAGGCAGUGGCCGCGAGAGUGAGAAUGGACAGGGUGAUGAAAGAACGCAUUUCGAU